AGCCCAGGGAAGAUGUAACCCACUUGUUCUUGGUUUCAGUCCUGUCUUACAGGCGAGAUGGCGAGGCUAGAGCAGUUAGGCGACUUGCACAUGCGCUCACAGCUCACGCAUCAGGUCCGUCUCUCCCGUGAAUACCUGCCGAGUGAAUAAAUCAGUGGCAGCUGUGGAAGCCAUCCACAGGAGCACUGUUUGGGGUGGUUGACUUAAAACGCAGGGUACGUACAGACCUGAGGGCACCUCAGAAUACUCUGCAGUUGUCACUCAGAGCAACAGGAACGCCUUUCCCACAAGAGCUCUGGGAGGCUGAUCAGGAAACACUGGGACAGAGUCGAGAUUUCAAGGAUGAGCCCCUUGAAGGCCACAGGGCACGCCCCCUAGCCCUCAGCCGUGGGUGUCAGGUAUCAACUCAGGAUGAAUGGAUUGAUUUAACUGCCCAAUUUUAAAAAUUUUUUGUUAAGCUAUGAUUGAUAUGUAACACUGUAUUCAUUUCAGGUGGACGACAUCAUGAUUCGGUACUUGUAUGUGUUGUGAAAUGAUCACCACAGUAAGCCUAGUUACAACAGCCCUAUUUUCUCAUCAACCCUUUGGCCUUGCCUCUCCGCCAGCCCUGCCCCGACGGUCUCCUACAGGACCCUCCCAGCCCACCGUGAGCUGUGCACGUGCGGGAGCAAUCUGCACGCACAGCCCCAUGCUCCGCCUUCCCCUUGUGCUGUCGAAGUCUUACAAAACUUCCUUGUCGCUGCCCAGAGCUCAGCGCAGUUGGUGGCACAGUGAAGGUCCCAGGGGACCCUUGAUCAUAUUCAGCAGAAUGUUUUCGUUCUGGGGAGUAAGUCUGUGAAUCAGGGGACCCAGGGGAACAAGUACGAGCCUUGUGUUCUGUUAACUGGGAUUUCUUUGUUUCAUGUCAUUUAUAGAAAUGGAUGGUUUCAAAUACACAGGCGAGUGAGCCCUGGUUGUAUUCCCGCAUCGGCCUCAGCUGUCAUACAGGCUUCUCACCUCGGGGUCUUCACCCACCUGGACAUCAGCCCCCUCCCCAUUUUACCAGCCAACUCCUGAUCAUCCCUCAGACUCUCCCCAAAUGUCUUUCAAGAAAGCCUUCCACAUAAACUAACCUAGACCAGUCCCCUGUUCUAUUCCCUUAAAACUCUGUUCUUAUUACAAUUUUAAUUAAAUAAAUUAUCCUCUUAAUUAACACAGGAUGUCACACUCAGGUAAGGUCACUCAGUGUGUGAGGUGAUAGGGAGUGGUGGGGACUGUGGAGAGAAUGUGACCACCUAGAGGGGCAGUUCCUACUCAGCUCCAGCAGAGAGUGGCUCAGUGUUAUCAGAUCUUCCAUACUUUCAAAGAAAGCCGGAAAUCUGGGCUUUUUAAGUGAAGUCCCCCCCAACAUUUAAAUAUGGGUGCAGACAUAAUUAUUUUUAGAAACAAUGUAGGCCAUAAAACAUCAAUCAAUGGCUCCUACUUUGUAGCCUCUGGUUUGUUUUUUUUUGUGAGAAGAUCAGCCCUGAGCUAUCAUCCAUGCCAAUCCUCCUCUUUUUGCUGAGGAAGAUUGGCCCUGAGCUAACAUCCAUGCCCAUCUUCCUCCACUUUAUGUGGGACACUGCCACAGCAUGGCCGGACAAGCGGUGCAUUGGUGCACGCCCGGGAUCCGAACCCAGGCCACCAGCAGCCCAGCGCACACGCGCUUAACUGCUAAGCCACGGGGCCAGCCGUAGCCUAUGGUUUAAUCUUUCUUUCCCACUCAGCUCUCAGCUCCACAGGAGCACAUGCUGUGUCUGCUCUGCAUUCAGCAAACGAAAAACAGAAAUAGACUCUGGCCUCUCCCAAUGGAGCACCAGGGGCAGAAAGUCUCUUUAAUUGCUCACUGACAGUUUCUCUAUCUCCCUUUAAGUGCUACUCCCCUGCGACCGCUUCGAGCCUCAUCAUCCUCUACCCUGAAGUCAUCACAAUGGCCAGAGCUGCUUCUGGCUCGGGCCUCUGUGACAUCACCAGCAGCCCAGCCCUAUGUACCCAGUCUCCAGGUGCGAGAGCAAACAAACCCACCAUGAGCGACUCCCUCCCACAUCUCUGCUCACUAUGUGGAUGCUGAAAUGGUUCCUGUUCUUGCCUCUGUGCCUCUCCUGCGGCUAUGCCUUUAUGUUUUCUUCUUUGAGAGAUAAAGUCAGAGAACCCCAGGGGAAGGUGCCUUGCGGAGGGCACUUCCGGAUAAGGCAGAAUCUGCCAGAGCAUGCCCAAGGCUGGCUUGGGAGCAAAUGGCUCUGGCUUUUUUUUGUUAUUGUGAUGUAUAUGAUCCUGAAGCUUCGAGGAGACAGCGAGAAGAGUAAGGAGCAGAAUCCUCCUGGCCUUCGAGGCUGUCCAUUUCGCUCUCCACUAAAGAAAAAUCAAAAUGCUCCCCCCUACAAAGACUAUGCGUUCAAUACCUUAACCCAGCUCGAGAUGGACCUUGUGAAAUUUAUGUCCAAGGUGCGGAAUCUGAAAAUCGUCAUGGCAACGAGCAGUAACCUCAAGAUUCAGAACUCAGAGGCGCUUGCAGACCCACAGAAUCAUGUUACAAUAUAUGAAGUAUGGGGCGAAGGAGAGUCCGAAUGAACGGAUUUGUGCGUCAAAAUAGGAGAGAAAAAGUCGAGUGUUGACAAGCCAUGUGCAAACUAAUAAAACUAGUCUGAAGAAAAGAAUUCUCAAAUUUGAGACAUUUUGCCUUUCUUUCUCUUUUUUUAAACUUGAAAAAAUAAAUGUGAGACCAG